AUGGAACAUGAUUUCGAAAUGCUUUUUUACAAUGCUAAAGUUACCCUGGAGCUGAUUGGGGCAGUGAUCAUAACCCAGUUAUUUGAAAAGUCAGGAUUAAAAAAAAUCAAGAGAGAAGUGACCCCAAAACGUUUGAGUUAUGUCAGUCUGUCACAAAAUGAUGAGAUCAAGGUCAAGAAAAGAGUUUGUACCGUUUCUGGAUGCAUAAAAGCUAAAUCCGGUGAAAUAAUCUUAGAGAAAGAAAAAGUACUUGAGAGAUGGACCGAAUACAUUAACGAUCUUUCUGAUGAUAUCUGUGGUGAAAUGCCUUUUAUUAAAAAAGAUGUAGAAGGACCAAAAAUACUUAGAUCUGAAGUUCGUAUCCCCCUUUCCAAAAUGAAAUCAAAUAAAGCGCUAAGUCCAGAGGAGAUAGUUGUUAAAGAAAUUAAAUACCUUUGA